CUUGGGCCUUAGAUCUGGUCCGAGCGCAUCUAUUGGAUCACGCUUGCAUUUAGGAGUGAUCAGUUCAUCUUAAUUCGAAAUGAAAAUAUCGUAAGAGAAGAAAACCGUUGAUCUAGUACGGGACCUCAACCGGUGGAUCUGCCUUUCUUCGCGCAUUUUCUGGCUCUGCAAAAAAACUGCGUAAAGUGAGAUGUGUGAUAGCUGGCAUGGGACUGUUUACCAGCAGCUAAUUGUGCAUCGUGGUCUCUGUGUGUGAAUCGUGUUCUAAAAGUGAUAGGGUGCUGAUAAGCGCUUCCCCUAAUGCUACCAGCUUCCUCCACCGUCCGAGUCAGAGUCCUAGUCGGUAUGGUGACAGCAUAUAGCGGCCGAUUGGUCUGCGACACGCGCCUACCGUGGAAGCUCUCGCGACUGCUUUUUCCCACAUUUGUUUGUGCAUCUUUUUCCCAUGCUUUUGUUUGGUCAACAACCAACCACAACUCUCGUUUCCUUCAAAAAGACUCCUACAGGCUUGACGGAGUUAAGCUGUCUGGAGGGAAGAAUUCAAUCUCAAUCCAUCAUGCCUCAACUGGAUAAAUUCACUUAUUUUACACAAUUCUUCUGGUCAUGCCUUUUCCUCUUUACUUUCUAUUUUACACAAUUCUCCUGGUCAUGCCUUUUCCUCUUUACUUUCUAUUUUUCUAUAUUCUUACUGAGAUCGCUAUGGUAUGUCCCUUAUGAGAAAUCUCCAUCAUGGAAGAGAGUCUUUUUUUACUUUCUAUUUGAGCCGAUCAUUUAUAAGAUGAAACUUUUCAUUUUUUUAUGGAAAUUUUUCCUAACCUCUCUGACUAAUCCAAGGCCUCAUUCUUGGAAAGAAUUUUUUUACUGGAUUUAUGAAAGAUUUAAAGUUAUAUAUAGGCUUUACCUUCUUCUUUUGGCAGAACACAAAAAAAAAAGAACGAAGAAGUAAGGAAAUGAGACGACUCUUUCUUGAACUAUAUCAUAAACAGAUCUUCCCCUCCACACCAAUCACGAGUUUUUCUUCAUUCCUCUCGUAUAUCGUCGUAACGCCCUUAAUGCUAGGUUUUGAAAAAGACUUUUCAUGUCAUUCCCAUUUAGGUCUGAUUCGGAUCUCUCCGUUGUUUCCUUUUCCUCCCGCACCUUUUCCUCGAAAUGAGAAAGAAGAUGGUACACUCGAAUUGUAUUAUUUAAGUGCUUAUUGCUUGCCAAAGAUCCUACUUCUACAAUUGGUAGGUCACCGGGUUAUUCAAAUAAGUUGUGUUUUCCGUGGUUUUCCCAUGUUACAACUUCCGUACCAAUUCGGUCGAUCCGGAAUGGAUUGGUUAAACAUUCCAUUAGGGAGCCUGGUCUUGACUCUUCUGUGUGGUAUUCAUUCUCGUUCGGCUCUUGGAAUCACAUCCAGCAGUGGUUGGAACAGCUCGCAAAAUCCAACCACUUCACCUACUUUAUUGCCCCCAACCGUUUCUCGUACCUCUAUUGAAACAGAAUGGUUUCAUGUUCUUUCAUCGAUUGGUUAUUCCUCUCCGUUCGUAUCUCUUUUUCCAAUUUCGGUCUCGAUUAGUUUACAAGAUUGAAUGGCCAAUUCUCCUCUGAACCCUCGAUUCGAUUGUUUUCCAAGAAUGUUGAGCCGGGUAUGUAAGUCAUGUAUCUGGGAGGAACUUAAAAGAAGGGCUUUCGGUUUUUUGCACC